GUUCAGUUCACUUGGCCAACGGAGAUUGCGUGAGUAAGUCUCAAGCUCAACUAGUCGCCACAAGAAGAUUUGUGCUGGUGACAUUAACCGCAGCAUGUUGAGGGGCGUUAGACUUGCGAAGACGCUCGUCCCUGUCGUCCGAAGGUCUGGAAGCUGUUACCUAUCGUCGAUAGCAAGUCGAGAGCCCAAGGCCACGCUCGUCACGAUCCCAGCAUCCAAUUAUGCCGAGAAAGCUCGAUGGGCACUCCGCGUUGCCAAGAUCCCGUUUGUUGAAGAGAAGUGGGCUCCUUUGUUCGCCUACCUAUCGACAAAGCCUAAAGGAGGCCGCUCCGUGCCGUUGCUAGUAGUUCCAUCUUCCCCCAAAGUGGUUCUGACUGACAGCGCAGAUAUCAUGGCAUUUUGCGCUGAAAAGCAUCAGGAGCUAUACCCCAAUGAAAAGGCGAAAGAUCAGGAAAAAUUCUUCGACACCAAACUCGGACCACACGCCCGUCGUUGCGUCUACUAUACGAUGUUUCAGGAUGAAAAGGUAUCCCAGAGGAUAAUGGCGGACCCAAUUGACGGUUUGGUGCAGCGCUCGACGAUACGACUUCUGUUUCCCGCGCUGAGGCUUGUGUUGGUGCGUGCGUUGAAAAUCAACGAGAAGUCCGCGGAGAGAUCGUGGUCGCGCAUUGAAGGCAUCUUGAGAGAGGCUGAGAAAGAGCUCGGUGAUGGCCCCGUCGGCACUCGAUUCCUCGCUGGAGACUCAUUUUCUGCCGCGGACAUUUCGUUCUGCUCCCAUCUCGCGCCAAUUGUCCUGCCUCCACAGCACGAAUUCGUCACACCGUACAUGUCGAUGGAUUCGAUCGUAGAUCCGAUCUUCCGGGAACGAUACGAAUCAGUCAGACGCUCUAAAGUUGGUGAGUUCGUGCUCUGGUGCUACAAGAACAAGCGUCCGAUGCCCAAGGACUGCAUGUAGCCAUCUUGGAAGUUGAAGCGGUAAUUACGCUUCCACUAUUGGACAAUAUUUGGUAGUAUUUUGGCCAAUGAGAUAUUGAUAAUGAAAGACUGGAGGAGAGAAGCCGGUUCACAGACAAGUAAAUCACUUUGCAGC